AUCCUAAUCAUAUUGAUUCUGAUUACAUUGAGGAUGAAUGCAAAGAAGAUGUUGUUAAUGAAAGUAAAAAAUCAGGAAGCAUUUGUGAAAAAGUGAUUAAAGGGAAAACAAAUUCUUUUGUUGUUCAUAAUACAAGAAAAUGUACUGAAAUGCUCAAAGGUGUAAAUAAUAACUUGGAUGGAAGAGAGUUUAAGAAGGCGAAAUGA